AUGAGAGGACUCGUGGCCCUGGCUCUCACACUGGCGGUGGCCUGCACCUGCAUCUUCUUCCCACUCAUGCUGAGAGGCAGACAGCGCCUCGGGGGGCAGGCGGACGCGGCGCGGGUCCUGCGCGUCCUAGAGGAGAGCAGGGCCUUGGUGGACGGCGCGCUGCAGCUGACCAUGCGCAGAAACCUCAAGAAAAGGGACGUCACUUCCCCAGCUCAGCUUCUGUCUCUUUCCAAACUCCCGGAGCCGACCAGCAGAGCUGUCUCCCGAGCAGCAGAGAUCAUGGAAGCUUCAGUACACGCAGUGAGAGAGAAAGCACACUUGCAGCCUGGAUGGUCACAGCAUCCAGCAGACAUCUUAUCGGAAGAGCUGCUGAGCACGAUCGCCAACCUAUCUGGCUGCCUCCCUCACAUGCUGCCACCCAAAUGCCCAAACACCUGCCUAGCAGACAAGUACAGACUGAUCACCGGUGCCUGCAACAACAGAGACCAUCCCAGAUGGGGUGCCUCCAACACUGCGCUGGCCAGAUGGCUCCCUCCCGUCUACGAAGACGGCUUCAGUCAGCCCAGGGGCUGGAACCCCGGCUUCCUACACCACGGCUUUCCACUGCCUGCGGUUCGGGAGGUGACAAGACAAGUUAUUCGAGCCCCCAAUGAGGCUGUGACAGACGACGAGCAGCACUCGGAUUUCCUGACGGCAUGGGGACAGUACAUCAGUCACGACAUUGCCUUCACACCCCAGAGCCCCAGCAGAGCCUCGUUCUCGGGGGGAGCUGACUGCCAGCUGACGUGCGAGAACCAAAGCCCAUGUUUCCCCAUACAGCUCCCUGGGAACGCCUCGCCUACCACCUGUCUGCCCUUCUACCGCUCCGCUCCUGCCUGCGGCACCGGGGACCAGGGUGCGCUCUUUGGCAACCUGUCCCAGGCAAACCCGCGGCAGCAGAUGAACGGGCUGACUUCCUUCCUCGAUGCUUCCACCGUGUACGGCAGCUCCCCCGCCUCUGAGAAGCAGCUGCGCAACUGGACCAGUGCCGAGGGGCUGCUUCGCAUCAACACCCGCCACUGGGACGCCGGCCGCGCCUACCUGCCCUUUGCACUGCACGUGCCCGCUGCCUGCGCGCCAGAGCCUGGAGCCCCGGGGGAGUCCCAUGCCCCUUGCUUCCUGGCUGGGGAUGGCCGUGCCAGUGAGGUCCCCUCCCUGACAGCCGUGCACACGCUGUGGGUGCGUGAGCACAACCGCCUGGCUGCCAAGUUCAAGGCCCUCAACCCGCACUGGAGUGCGGACACCACGUACCAGGAGGCGCGCAAGGUGGUGGGCGCCCUGCACCAGAUCAUCACCCUGCGGGAUUACGUUCCCAGGAUCCUGGGACCCCAGGCCUUCCAGCAGCACGUGGGUCCCUACGGAGGCUAUGACCCCACCGUGAACCCCACCGUGUCCAAUGUCUUCUCCACGGCCGCCUUCCGCUUCGGCCAUUCCACAGUGCACCCGCGAGUGCGGCGACUGGACGCCCACUUCCAGGAGCCCCCGGGCCUCCCCAGGCUGCAGCUGCGCGAUGUGUUCUUCAGCCCCUGGAGGCUCAUCAAGGAAGGUGGGGUGGACCCGCUGGUCAGAGGCCUUCUUGCAAGACCAGCCAAACUGCAGGCGCAUGACCAGCUGAUGAACGAGGAGCUGACAGAAAGGCUCUUUGUGCUGUCGAACUCGGGCACCUUGGAUCUGGCGUCGCUGAACCUGCAGAGGGGCCGGGACCACGGGCUGCCAGGUUACAACGCGUGGAGGGUGUUCUGUGGCCUGCCGCGCCUGGAGAGCCCCGCUCACCUCAGCGAGGUCCUGGCCGACCGCAGCGUUGUCCGCAGGCUGAUGGAACUGUACGGGCAUCCCGACAACAUCGACAUCUGGCUGGGUGGCCUGGCUGAGAAGCUGCUCCCGGGGGCACGCACAGGGCCUCUGUUCGCGUGCAUCAUCGGCAGGCAGAUGAAGGCCCUGAGGGACGGGGACAGGUUCUGGUGGGAGCACGGGCCAGUCUUCACUGAGGCCCAGCGGCUGGAACUGGAGAAGCACACCUUGUCCCGGGUGGUCUGUGACAACACGGGCCUCACCAGGGUGCCGGCCGAUGCCUUCCAAGGUGGACAGUUCCCCCGAGACUUUGAGUCCUGUGAAGACAUCCCUGGCAUGAACCUGGACGCGUGGCGGGAGACCCUCCCUCAAGACGACAGGUGUGGCCUCCCAGACCCGGUGGAUGGCGGGGACUUUGUGCUCUGUGAAGAGGCGGGGAGGCACAGGCUGGUGUUCUCCUGUCGUCAUGGAUAUGAGCUCCACGGGCCAGAGCAAGUCACCUGCACCCCGGAGGGCUGGGACUCCCAGCCCCCUGCUUGUAAAGAUGUGGACGAAUGCGCAGACCCGGCGCAUGCGCCCUGCCACCCCUCAGCUCGGUGCCGGAACACCAAGGGCAGCUUCCACUGUACCUGCACUGACCCCUAUGUGCUGGGGGACGACGGGAGAACCUGUGUAGACUCCGGCAGGCUCCCUUGGGCGUCCUGGGUCUCCAUCGCGCUGGGCGCCCUGUUUGUGGGCGGCGUGGCGGUGCUCACGUGGACAGUGAUCUGCAGGUGGUCACAGUCAGGGUCUGAGGCCACACUGCCGGUGACAGGGAGCGGUGGAAGAGCGACGUCCCCCUUGGGACGCAGGCGGCGUCAGAUCGCGGGGGUCUGCGCUCCGCACUUGGCGCAGGCGGUGCCCGUGAACAGUUGUCCAGGACCAACAGCCCACGUCAUGGAAUCCCAGGAAUAG